AAUCAAAUAUUCACUACAUUUAACAUGAAUCCCAGAAAUUAAAAUAAAAAGAAAAUCUAUUUUAAUAUAAUAAUUCAAAUAUUUCAAUGAAAUUUGAUUGAAACUUGAAACGCAACUGGGGUUUUCUUCUUUUGAAGAGUCUUGUAAUUCAAGUGGCAUUGGUUAUAAUUAUAAAUAAAAAAAAGAACGAUAUAUUUAGGUUAUGUUUACUUUAUAUUAGUCUAAUUUCUUUAUAUUAAUUCCAUACCUCUAGUUCAGUAAUGCGGCCGGUAUUUUUUAAUGUUCUAUCCUGCGCUAGAAUUUUGAAUAAGCAAUGUUCUCAAAUCACAUCCACUUGCAGUUUUCGACCUUUAUCUAUAUCUAGAGCUCUGCAAACCUAUGAGAGUAACAUUGGUCUAAAAAGUUUAUACCCUACCAGCUCUUUAAAAUUAUCUACACCAACAGAGCUUCCAAAAAGUGAUGAUGGAAAGUUUUCUGGAUAUAUUCCUCUAGAUAAAAUCAGCAUCACGUACAGUCGAAGCGGUGCACCUGGUGGCCAGAAUGUGAACAAGGUCAACACCAAAGUUGAUAUCAGGUUCCAUGUGGAUUCAGCCGAAUGGAUUAGCAAAGAGACCAGAGAUCGAAUCAAAGAAAAGAAUCAAAUGAAGAUAAACAAAGACGGUUACCUGAUUGUGAAGUCUGAGCGGACGCGCUACCAGCAGCUGAAUGUGGCCGAUGCCAUGGAGAAGCUACGGACUGUCAUCAGGGCAGCAGAGGAGGUCACCCCUCAGAUGUCACCCGAAACUGAGGAAUUGCUCCGAAAAAGGAAAGAACGAGCCAACGCUCAGCGACUGAUAGAAAAACGAACAAAAUCCUUGCUGAAAUCAUCCAGACAGAAUUCUUAGUUCUUAGAUUAGUUAUGAAAGUUUAUUAAUAAAUCUGUAUUGUGUUGAAUAUUGA